AUGGCGCAGUUCGCUCAUGAGCAUAGCAAAGCUUGGAGCGCUGGGAUUGCCAAGUAUGAUGGAUAUGUACUUGUAACAGCGUGCUAUAAUGCCGGCGCACCAGGAGCUGUCAAGAAUGCAAUCGACUAUCUCUACAACGAGAUCAAAGGGAAACCGUUCCUGAUCAUAAGCUAUGGAAUAAUGGGAGGUGACAAGGCUAGCGAUAGCUUGAAGAUUACCCUGGAAUCGAUGUAUGUCCAUGUUGUUGAGACACGACCAAUGCUGGCGUUUGCGAAAAAUGAGCCUAUUACUGGUGGCAUGGCAUGGGAUAUGGUGCAAGCUAGCCAAGGGAAGCUGGGUCAAGAUAGCGUGAAGGAGUGGGCUGAGAAGAAGGACGAGGUUAUCAAGGGUUUUGCAGAGCUCAAGGAGUUUCUGAUCCGGCCUGCGGAGAAGGUGCCGGCCUGA